CGCAUUUUGAAGCGUCCAGUUGUUCUGCUGCUUCAGCAGACGCGCGUCUCUCACAUGCGGCGGGGCACAUUCAGACAGAACUGGAGAGCGCCCAGUAACCGGACAGUUGAAACGUUUGCCGUUGCAGUGUUUCCAUUGAUCGCGCUGGACUGAAACAUCAAACCACUGGAAUAAAUUAUCAGCUAUUCAACUUCACAAAAUGAGCGCCGGGAAGAGGGUGGAGGAUGAGGCCGUGCUGGACAGAGGGGCCUCGCUACUCAAGCACUUGUGUGAUCAGGAAGAGGUUGAAGGUCACCACACCAUAUACAUCGGUGUGCAUGUGCCUAAGAGCUACCGUCGACGGAGACGUCAUCGCCGGCGCACCAGUCACAAGGACAGAAAGGAGAAAGUGACUGAGAACACUUCGGACAGGUCAGACGCAGAGAACAAUGAGGAGGCCAGCAACAGCAUCCUCAAACCACUCAUUUCACCUGCUGCGGAGCGCAUCCGAUUCAUGCUGGGAGAGGACGAUGACAGUCCAGCGCCUCCUCAGCUCUUCACAGAGCUGGACGAGCUACUGUCUGUUGAUGGCCAGGAGAUGGAGUGGAAGGAAACUGCCAGGUGGAUCAAGUUUGAAGAGAAGGUGGAAAAAGGUGGGGAGCGAUGGAGUAAACCACAUGUGGCCACUCUGUCCCUACAUAGUCUCUUUGAACUUAGGACGUGUAUAGAGAAGGGCACCAUCAUGCUGGACCUAGAGGCCUCCACACUGCCAGGGGUCGUUGAAAUGAUCACUGACAGUCAGAUUGAGAAUGGUCUCUUGAAAGCUGACCUGAAAGAUAAGGUCAUGUACACCUUGCUGAGGAAGCAUCGCCACCAGACUAAGAAGUCCAAUCUUCGCUCUUUGGCUGACAUUGGCAAGACGGUCUCCAGUGCAAGUAGGCUGUUUUCCACCCCGGAUAAUGCACGUAAUCCACUUGAGAGUUCAGUGCCUUGUCUAAUGACUCGCACCUCUGAGGAGGUGUUGCGAGUCCCUGGAAGUCCAAGCAUGGGAUGGCCUAGUAGCCCAACCACUACACAUCGCAACUUGACAUCAAGCAGCUUGAACGAUAUCUCAGACAAGCCAGAGAAAGACCAGCUGAAGAACAAGUUUAUGAAGAAGCUGCCCAGAGAUGCUGAAGCUUCCAAUGUUCUCGUUGGAGAAGUGGACUUCCUGGACAGUCCUUUUGUGGCCUUUGUGAGGCUGCAGCAGGCAGUCAUGUUGGGGGCGCUGACUGAAGUGCCUGUGCCCACCAGAUUUCUGUUCAUUCUGCUUGGACCCAAAGGCAAAGCCAAGUCAUACCAUGAAAUUGGUAGAGCAAUCGCUACCCUGAUGUCCGAUGAGGUCUUCCAUGAAAUUGCGUACAAAGCCAAGGACAGACAAGAUCUCCUCGCUGGCAUUGAUGAGUUCUUGGAUGAGGUCAUUGUCCUUCCUCCUGGAGAAUGGGACCCUGCCAUCAGGAUAGAACCUCCAAAAUCCCUGCCAUCCUCAGAUAAAAGAAAGAACAUGUAUGCUGGAGGGGACAGCACACAGAUGAAUGGAGACACGCCUCACAGCGGUGGAGACGGGGGCGGGGGGCACGCAGUAGGCGAUGAGCUAAAGAAGACAGGGAAGUUUUGUGGAGGCCUUAUUCUUGAUAUCAAAAGAAAAGCCCCAUUUUUCUUCAGUGAUUUCUAUGAUGCACUACACAUCCAGUCUUUGUCUGCCAUUCUUUUCAUCUACCUGGGAACAGUAACCAAUGCCAUCACAUUCGGAGGAUUGCUGGGCGACGCCACAGAGAACAUGCAGGGUGUGCUGGAGAGCUUUCUGGGUACAGCGGUAACUGGAGCCAUCUUCUGUCUCCUGGCUGGGCAACCGCUGAUCAUUCUCAGCAGUACGGGGCCAGUGCUGGUGUUUGAAAGGCUGCUCUUCAACUUCAGCAGGGAAAACGACUUUGACUACCUAGAGUUCCGUCUUUGGAUUGGCCUGUGGUCGGCCUUCUACUGUCUGGUCCUGGUGGCCACUGAUGCCAGCUUCCUGGUGCAGUAUUUCACCCGAUUUACAGAGGAGGGCUUCUCGUCACUCAUCAGCUUCAUCUUCAUCUAUGACGCUUUCAAGAAGAUGCUGAAGUUUACCCAUUAUUACCCAAUCAACCCAGACUAUAAAAUCGAUUAUGUCACGCAGUAUGACUGCAUGUGUAUGGCGCCCACUGAUGUCAAUUCUUCAGAUGUGUUCACUGAUCCACUUGAUUCAACAAUUAUGUGGACUGUAAAUUACAGCGAUACACGCUUGAAUGCCAGCUGGUCCUCCCUGUCAAAGAAGGAAUGCCUGAAAUACGGAGGGGAGCUAGUGGGCAAAGCCUGUGACUUUGUGCCCGACAUCACCCUCAUGUCCUUCAUCCUUUUCUUUGGCACCUACACCUGCUCCAUGUGUCUGAAGAAAUUUAAGACCAGCCCAUUCUUUCCUACUACUGUGAGGAAGCUCAUAAGUGACUUUGCCAUUAUCCUGGCCAUUUUGAUCUUCUGUGGUGUCGACGCUCUGGUUGGGGUAGAGACGCCAAAGCUCAUAGUGCCAAGUGAAUUUAAGCCAACAAGCCCAAACCGUGGCUGGUUUGUGCCACCGUUCGGAGGGAACCCCUGGUGGGUGUACCUGGCAGCAGCUCUGCCUGCCCUGCUGGUCACCAUCCUGCUCUUCAUGGAUCAGCAGAUCACCGCUGUCAUUGUCAAUCGCAAGGAGCACAAGCUUAAGAAAGGUGCAGGCUAUCAUCUGGACCUGUUAUGGGUGGCUGUGCUGUUAGCGGUGUGCUCUUUCAUGGGUCUGCCAUGGUAUGUAGCCGCGACUGUUAUUUCCAUCGCCCACAUUGACAGCUUGAAGAUGGAGACUGAGACGUCCGCCCCUGGCGAACAGCCUAAAUUUUUGGGUGUCAGGGAACAGAGAGUCACUGGUGUCUUUGUCUUCCUUCUCACCGGUCUGUCUGUCUUCAUGUCCCCUAUCCUCAAGUUCAUACCCAUGCCAGUGCUGUAUGGAGUCUUCCUCUACAUGGGUGUUGCUUCACUCAACGGAGUGCAGUUUAUGGACCGACUCAAGCUGCUCCUCAUGCCUGCCAAACACCAGCCAGACCUGAUCUACCUGCGGCAUGUCCCAUUGAGGAAGGUCCAUCUCUUCACCUUUGUCCAGAUGCUCUGCCUGGCGCUCCUCUGGGUCCUCAAGUCCACUGUGGCAGCCAUCAUCUUUCCCGUCAUGAUUUUGGCUCUGGUUGCUGUGAGGAAGGCCAUGGACUAUGUCUUCUCCCAGCAUGACCUCAGCUUCCUGGAUGAUGUCAUACCUGAGAAGGACAAGAAAAAGAAGGAGGAUGAGAAGAAAAAGAAAAAGAAGAAACAAGGGAGCAUAGACAGCGACAUGGAAGAUUCUGACUAUCCUUACAAUGAGAAUGUCCCCAGCAUUAAAAUCCCAAUGGACAUGAUGGAGCAGGAGCCUUUUUUAGGAGAUAAGGCCUCUGACAGAGAAAAGUCCCCUUCAUUCCUCGACCGAUAUUCAUCGUGCUGAAAAGCGGCACUACUUUCAGACAAGUCCGAUGUCAAGUUCAGAGAGACUGCCAUUAAAUGUGCCUCAGAUUAAAAUAGACAUGGACCCAGAUGACAGCAAUGCCUUCUACUGGAGAAGUCGAGGGUCCGAGACGUCCAUAUAACUCCUCCAGCCAAUCUGCAGCAUAGAUUUUAUUAAGCUUAUCCAAUUUGCUGAAAGCCAUUUACCAUGGGAUAUUUUGUAAAAACUCUUCCCCAUCACGGAUCCUUUCUGUGAAGACUUAAGAACGGCUUGAGGAACACUUGUCUUUCACUCACUUAAUUAUUAUGGUUUGCAAAUUGUAAUCCCUAAACUACUAUGCAAUUCAGUUCAUUGUUUCACUUAUGUGCUGAGCUGUAGAGAAAUGCUGUAGCUGUUUCCCACAAUUCCAGAACUACUUCCUCCAUUAUUCAUCCAAUACAAUAUGAAUCUUUCCACCAAAUUCACUUACCAUGCCACUAUUUUCCUUUUAUUUUUUGCUGCUCUACCUCUGUUUUGCAUGGUAGGCAUUAUGUAAAAAAAAAAAAACACUUUUCACGUUUUUUUAUUUUUUAUUUGCACAGCAUGAGAUUUUAAUGUUGAUCUUUUUUAGUGUAUAUCUUGAGCAAACUAUUCAGCAAAUUAUUUCUGUUAUGAUGAGAGCGAACAACUGUGACAUAAUAUAUUGUAAUAUUUAACUUGAUUUAACUUUUAAAUGAUGAUUAAUGUUAUUGAUUGGCACUGAACCAGCUGUUUUUCAUAGUUUCAUUUAAUAUAUAAUGUGGUAUUAAAUUUUAUUUGUUUCCUUUAACAAACAAUGUUUAUGCCUAAGUAUCCAAACAUUUUCUAAUAAGCUUGAUUAAUUAAGAAAGCCUAAUUCAUUUUGAUUUUCAAGUCUUGUUAGACAUUUGCUUCCUCACCUGGUUUUGGAAACCAUAAAAGGUCUACAUGUGUAAACCUACAUGUACUCUGUCAUCCUGCAAAUUAUUUACCUAAGUGGCUUAAACCUGAAUUGCAAUAAUACAUGAAAUUCCUUUAGGUUUAAGAUUUUUUAUUAUUAUUAUUUGUGCACUAUUUACAUGAUGUCUAGCAUUGAAUGUCUUAUUGUGUAAUUUGUUAAAAUAAGUCACAAAAUGUCAACAGUGGUAUGCAUUUGAAUGAAGAUUUUCAGAGGACAGGGAAAUAUGUCAUACAGUGCAUGUCUAAAACAUGUUUUCUUUGAGCCUUGAUUCUUCAAGAACCCAAAAUACUAUAUUGAUUCCUGCUAAUUUGUCAUUAUUCUCCCACCUUUUCAUCACUUCUCCUCUUUCUUUCAAAAAACAUACAAAAAAAAAUCAAUAGAUCUUACAGAUACUGUCAUUUCAAAAUCAACUUUGAACCUUGUAAGUAUACGAUUUUUAACUUAUAUAUUUUUGGGGGUACAUAAAAACACGAAAUUAUUGUGAAAGCAUGUCUGGGGAAAUUCUUGAACGUUUUAAGCAAUGCUAAAUAUUAAUUGUAGAGUGUGUAACUGAAACUUUUUUAAUCAAGUUUUGUGACUUUUUUGAAACAAAACAGCUGAAAUUAUUUUAGAAUUUAUAUUUUUCAAAGGAAAUGAAUAUUAAAAAUGAACAGAAUUUAUUAAA